GCACAAUACAAAAACUAAUGCGCCAGUGCUAAAUUUUGCUCCACAGAGAACACACUUCUCUCUUCAAAUAAGUAAAAUGCACGUAGCUUUGCUUGAAAUUUUUUAUCUCUCCGUGGUGGCAAUAUCGACUGAGUGAUUAGAUAUCGAUUGAUACAGCACAAACUCUUCACCAUUCAAGCCUAGGGUCAGAUUACGAGUUUUUAUUAUAUACGUCGUUAGCAGAAGAGGUCAUUUGCAUAUAAAUCAAAGAUGUGGGUGGAGGUCUUGAGUGCAAUUGCGGGGCUCUUGGGCCUUUACGUCGCUUAUGUGUGUUGGUGUCACACUUACUGGCAGAGGAAAGGGGUGCCCACCCUGAAAAAUACCUUCCUGCUCGGAAGCCUUGGACCGACAAUUCUCAGGCGGAAAUCUCUCAUAGACACUCUGCAGGACUUGUACUUUGAUGCAAAAGCGAGAAACCUAAAAUGGGCUGGUUUUUAUAUGGGAACAGUGCCGGAGUACCUCAUCACAGUCCCUGAACUUGUGCGAGAAGUGACCGUCAAGCAGUUUGACCAUUUCACUGACCGACAGCCGUUCGCCCAGAGCAAUGUGGACGACCUGCUGGCACGGUCUUUGCUGAGCUUGAAGGGCGACGAGUGGCGCAAGAUGCGGCACAAUUUGAGUCCUGCCUUCACCAGCAGCAAAUUGAGGGGCAUGAUGGACCUCAUGGUCCAAAUUGGAAUGCAGUACUCAAAAUUUAUCAGUAGCAGAACUAAUUCAGACGAGGCUGUAGACGUAAAAAACAUUUUCAGAAGAUUUGCUGCAGACGUGAUAGCAACGACGGCGUUUGGAACACCGUCCAAUUCUCUGGACGAGUCCAACUCGGAGUUUUACGACAAGGGCAUGACCAUGAUGGACUUCAAGGGAAAGCGGGGCCUCGUCGUCAUGGGCUACGUUUUCGCGCCGAAACUGAUGCAGUUUCUACGCAUUCCCUUCCUGCCCGUCGACCUGAAGGACUUUUUUAACAAAAUCAUCAGCGGCAACAUCAAAUUCCGCGAGCAGAACAACAAGUCCAGGCCAGACAUGCUCCAGCUUCUGAUUGACGAGCGAAAGGCUCAGUUGCGGAAACUCAAAGAGGCCAAUUUGCCAAUCGAAGAAGGCUCAGUUCUAACCGAUUUGGACAUUUCGGCGCAAGCGUUCACUUUUUUCCUGGGUGGAUUUGAAACCACCUCGACAUUGAUGGCCAUCUCGAGCAUCGUCCUCGGCGCAAUGCAAGAGGUGCAGGAAAAGCUGCGGGCCGAGGUGGACGACGCCUUCGCCCAACACCCGGACGGCAAACUGACCUACGAGACCAUUCAGGGGCUCAAGUACAUGGACAUGGUCAUUUCAGAGGUGCAGCGCCUGGUUCCGAUUGGAGCAUUUGGUGACCGCGUUUGCACCAAAGAUUUGGAUCUGCCUGAAUUUAAUUUGAAGUUCAAGAAAGGCGACAUUGUCGGCAUUCCCUUUUACUCCUUACAAGUGGACCCGCAGUACUUUGACGACCCGGAGGACUUCCGACCCGAAAGGUUCAGUGAAGAGAACAAGAGCAAAAUUCCGCCCUUCACCUAUUUGCCAUUCGGCUCUGGCCCCAGAAGCUGCAUAGCUAACCGAUUUGGCCUUCUGGAGGUGAAAAUCGCCAUAGCCUACACGGUGGCCUUUUGCACCAUCGAACUCAACUCGUCCGAUCAGUACCCUAUUAGGUUUGACCCAAAGAAAAUGGACAACUCGCCGUUCGGCGGUUUCCUCCUCAAAUUGCGCCCCAGAGAAAACCCUCCUGUCGACCCAGACACUUUUAACUGCGAUUGAUUAUUGUACAAUAAAAUCGUCUGAAUGAAAUAAAUUCAAUCAAAACCACGUUGGUUAAUUAGAGAGGCGCCGCGACGCGCUACUUCCGACGCGACGUGUGAAAUAAAAGUGUUCACACUAAUUUUACUCGCCGGCUGAGCGGCGGCAGCAGAAUUUCCUCAAAUUUAAUAUACCGUCGCCGCUGCCACAGAUAACCCUCAACGGCCGUCUAUAAAAUUUGUUUGAUUAAUUCCUUCUCAAAAGUUCAGACGAGAUAGUAUUUUUAAGUUUCCAUAUAAAUUUGAAAAUUCCAGAUUU